AGCAAUUUUUGACUACUGCGAUGAAACCUCAUUGCAAAAUGUGUACAAAACUUGUAAGAAGUUUAAACAAAUUGUUUCAUUCCACAAAUACUGGCUGAGUUUAUCUAAAGAAUGCUUUGCUACUAAUCAAAUAUCAGAUUUCAUGAGCAAAAGUGUCUUGUCACCUUAUCGCCUUUUGAAAAAUGUCGCCUGUCCAACAACUGGCUGAUAGCAAACUACGAGCAAAGUCAAUUCCUAAAGAUGCCCCAAAACUACAUGCCGUGUUUGCAACUUGAUGAAAACCAUUUAUGGGUCGGUUUUGGCAAAACAAUUAAGUCUUAUAGUAGAAGCAUCAUUGAGAAAUUUAUGCAAGGGGAACAUUGGCUGAGGAAACCCAGACAUGAUCACGUUUUAGGAGAUACUCAAGCCAAAGGUGAUGCCAGCCGUUUCCGUCGCAGCAAAAACCUCAUCAUCUACAACCAAGAUGAUAAUCUAUGCUGCUACGAUAUCUAUAAAAAGAAAUAUGUCUUCAAGAGAGACAUUUCCACAAUAUUUCGUUUAGGACAAGAUCAAACAUCUCCUUGCAAUGGUUGGAAGACAAAUGAUGCUUUGGAUUUUCAAGCAGACAGUGAUGUAGUGGCUUUCAAAUCGGGGGAGACUGUUUUUGUGACGGCUUUGCAGAAUUUUAAGAAGAGCAAGAUGAGUAGUCUGAAUGUUUGGAAUAGGAAUUGCUGGCGGUUGAGGCUGUCGGAUUGUGGGAAAUCACUGGUGGGUGCUGCUAAGGAUGGGUUGUCAUAUUUGUAUGAUGUAGAAAGUGGUGGUGAAAUUGCUCAAUUUGGGUGCAAAAUUAAGAGUAAUACUGUUGUUGACAUAUGCUGGCAAAAAGAAUAUUAA